CUCUCACCAUGGAUUUAAUUCAGGUGCCCGAGACAAAAUACGCUGAAGACAGAGAAAGAAAAAUAUGGCAAAUAACAGAACAGAUACAAAGCUACCAACCGGAAAGUAUUCUUCUCUACACAGGGAAGGAAAACACAGAUAUGUUAUUGCAACAGGUUCCUCGUCAAAGGCAUUUUCCGUAUCAGUGGAUCCUCCAAGAACAGGUAUCCCAACACCAGAGAAGUCUUCCUAACAAUGUAGUCUUGGCAUUUAAGCUUCCAUACGAAAGCAGCUUUGUUAAUAAACUCUUUGGAUCAGCAGAACAAGAAAAACUCAAAUAUAUCAACAAGGAUUUUGUUGCUGUGGCACACGAUGCAAUAAAGGUUAUUACCGAAGCUUUAAAUGAGAAGCCAUGUCUGUCACUGAAUGGAAAAGAUAGACUGUUACCUGAUACAGAGAUGUUUAACUGCAUGAGAAAGGUUACAUUCAACGGUAUGACUGGGUCUGUGCAGUUUGAUAACAGGGGAAGGCGAACAGACGUCUCCCUGGAAAUCUUAAAUCUUCGAAAUGAUUCUUUCGAAAAGAUUGGUUGUUGGAAUUCAACGGAACGAGCAGUUCUUUUUGAAGAUCCACUACCAAACACUCUACCAGGAUCGUCAAGUAAUGGAGAAGUAAACGGCAGACAUUUUAGGAUUGUAUAUGUUGAGGAUCCACCAUUUAUAAUGCCAAAGAAGAAUGAAGAUGGGACGAUUUCACUUCAAGGAUACUCUAUUGAUCUUCUCAAGGAGCUGUCUCGAUCACUCGGGUUUACAUAUGAAAUGUAUCCUUCGCCAGAUGGAUUUUAUGGAACAGUGACGGAAAAUGGAACUUGGAAUGGCAUGAUAAGACAGAUUUUAGACGGGAAUGCGAACAUGGCGGCUGGAUCGAUUGCCAUCACUGAAACCAGAGAAAAGGUGGUGGAUUUCACUGUUCCGUUCAUGUAUUACACUGACGAUCUACUGGUGAAGAAGACAUCAACAGAGACAACCGAUUUAUUGCAGUUCAUGGAUCCAUUUGAAAAUGGCGUCUGGAUCGCUACUCUGGGAGUAGUGGCACUUAUCUCUAUUGCUGUCUUCGCAGUGAAUUACUUCAGUCCUUAUGGAUACAAAGAUGAAAAUGGUAGAGGAACAUCAGAGGAGUUUAAUUUCUUCAACAGUGUGUGGUUUUCUUUGGCCUGCAUGCUGCAGCAAGGAGGAGAUAACACACCGAGGAAUUUAUCAGGUCGAAUUCUGACCGGUUGCUACUGGUUCUGUAUUCUUAUCUGGGUCUCAACUUACACAGCCAACCUUGCUGCAUUCCUCACUGUGAAAAAUGCAGCUCAGCCGAUCAACAGUCUGAACGAUAUUUUAAAAACUUCCUACAAAGUGGCCGUUGUCUCUUCCACCAGCGUUCAUUCAGCAUUUAAGAAAACUCAGUAUGAGCCGCAUAGGAAGAUUUGGAAUAGAAUCCAAGCGGAAAAAACAUUGGUUAAAAACGCACCAGAAGGAGUCCAGUGGGUUCGAGAGAAGGAUAAUUUUGCAUUUGUUUAUGACGGACCAGUCCUUGAUUACUUCGCCAUGCAGCGGCCAUGCGGCCUCAGAGUAGUUCCAGGUCUGACCUCGGCCAAAGGUUUUGCCCUGACUUUUAGAGCGCAUGACCCUCACACUAAUAUAUUUACGCUGACUAUUCUGCACCUCCAUGAGAAUCAGUUUCUGGACUCACUGAAACGCAAAUGGUGGGAUGAUACCAAUGCUUGCUCUCAGGAACAAGAUACAACUUUGUCUCGUAAGCGAAUCAGUCUAAAGAGCAUGCUGGGAGUUUAUAUUGUGUUGAGUGCUGGACUAGCAGUUGCCUUGGUGACGCUUGCUGCUGAGAUCUACUGGAAAAGAACAGCUAAACACGUACUGGCAAACAAAGUUCAAACAGGGAACAGAAGGCCAACGAAUUCUGCGUUAAGGUCUAACUGCACCAGUAGGAUUUCAGCAGACUGACUAACAUGGAAUGAACCUAAAUUCUGUAAAGCGAACAACCCAAAAAGAAGGAAGUAUAAAGAUCACUUUGUUAGGAAGUCUGGACUAAUAAACCUAAGCUCUGUGGUGCUGAGCAUUGUUCCUAUGCUAAGUAAAAAAGCUAAUAGAUGACAUCGAAACUAUAAGAGGAACAAACUUGCACAACUUGCUUCAUAUUAAGUGAUCUGAUAAAGCUCUUAAUAAAUUUCCACCAUUUAUGACUCAGUUGAGGGUACAAGGAUUAGUAUUGAUCAUGUAUUUAUAAACGAUAGUCUCUAUUUGACGCGAAAAUAUGUUCAUUUUUCUCCCGCAGAUUGUUCGAAAUAUAAUUUUCUGGAUGAUUGAGGAAGACAG